UUGUUGAGGACGCUCAUUCGGAGACAAUUUAAACUUUUAACUUUGUUGACAUGUUUAUCGCAUAUAGGCGUCUACCUUUAGAGUUGAAUUUGUUAUCGCUAUGUUUACGUUCAUGUUCGAAGGAUUGUUAGACUUUCUUUCCUCAGAGAAAAGGAGAGAUGUCGUGUAUGUCACAUUUCGUGCAUUUAUGUCAUGAAGUAGACAAGGAGCAGUAUGGGAGAGAAGAAUAAAGAGAGCACAUGGUCGACGUGUUGUGUGCUUCUUUCCGAACUAGUUUCACUUCUCCAACUAGUUAAACCUCCUCUAAUUUAUGUACUAAGAGGACACGACAGACUUUAAGAUUAUGGCGCUGACAACGGACCAAUACUUGGAAAAAAUUGGGAGCUUUGGUCGUUAUCAAAUUCUGCUCCUGGUCUUUCUAAAUGGCUUAAUCUUCUUUUGGUUUGGUUGGCCAGUGAUGAUUGUAACCUUCAUAACUGCCGAACCGGCUUGGAGAUGCGUAGCCAAUAGUAGUGUUUGUCAAUUAAAUGGAACGAUGAAGCCCAAGCAUGAUAACUAUUCUUUCAGAUGUGAUAUUGAUCGAGAUCAGUGGGAGUUCGUGGAUGAUUUUACAUCUGUUGUGACUGAGUUCGAUCUCGUGUGUGAGCGUGGAUUGUACGGCGCCGUUGGAUCGUCCAUGAUUUUUGUUGGGUUCUUCCUCGGCGGGAUAGUUGUUGGUCCAUUCAGCGACAAGUUUGGCAGGAAAAUCACCAUGUACAUAUCUGGUCUGAUGGUUUCGGUCGUAAGUCUGUUAGCAGCUUUCCCUCACGCUUUCUGGCUGUUUGCGCUGGCCAGAUGUGUGAUUGGAUUCGGAAUAGGUGGAUACAGUAUUGCCGCCUACGUUCUCCUAACCGAGUUUGUUGGAAUUCGUCACCGUAGCACCGCAGGUUGUUCCAUAUGGUACUCUUUUAACCUGUCCAACAUGGCGCUGGCAGGGCUGGCAUAUCUCGUCAGGGACUGGAGGAAGCUGUCCAUAAUAAUGGGAGCUCCAGCAAUUCUUUUUGUGCUUGGAUUGUUCUUUUCGCCAGAAUCAGUGCGUUGGUAUCUCGUGAAUGGUAGAACAGAGAGAGCAGAGAAAGUUCUCCAGAAAGUCGCUAAAUUCAACAAAAAGCCAAUACCUCAGGAAUCGCUACAGAACUAUGAGAAGCAGCGGCUUGGUGACUUGCGUGACUUGUUUAAGUCACGCUCUAUGACGCACAGGACACUCGUAUCUUGGUAUUGCUGGUUCGUAAAUGGGAUGGUGUAUUACGGAGUGUCCUUCAGUUCUCCAUUUGUGGGUGGUAGCAUGUACCUCAACUUCUUCAUAACGAGUACCAUAGCACUUGUUGCUUAUCCAGCCCUUGCAUGGGGCUGUAAUAGGUUUGGCCGUAAGAAAACCAUAUGCUGCGGUCUCUUCUUCUCUGCUGUUGGAGCUUUUGGGUCUGUUUUGCUCACAUCGUUCGACGAUGGAAAUAACAAAGGCAUACUGGUUGGAAAAAUUAUAUUCGCGCUGUGCAUUGCCAAGUUCUUCAUCGUGUUUGCUUUUGACGGAUUUUACGUGUAUUCCGCUGAACUGUUUCCUACAGUCAUAAGAAAUAUUGGAAUGGGAACGUCUACCUCUGCUGCUCGUGUGGGCUCUUUUCUUUCUCCCUAUAUUGUUUACUCGCAACGGGUCCAUCCUCUUCUCCCGUUCGGCAUCAUGGGACUGAAUGCUCUGAUAGCUGGGGUUCUCUGCAUGACGUUACCCGAAACACGUAAUCAACCAACAUUGGAGACCAUGGAAACCGAAGGACAAGGAAACAAGAUGGAAAUGUUGGUAAAAAAUGAUGAAAAAGCCAUGUUGGAGGAGGACAGCCACUUACAGUGAAAGCUGUUUGUGUUCUGGCGAUUUUAUGCCAUGACAUAAUACAUUCGUUUUUUAUGGUGGAGACAAAAGGAUAGUCGCUGCUAGAUUACCUUCAAAUUAAAGAAAACUCCUUAACAGUUAAUUAUGGCAGCAAAUUAAGAACCAGAGAGUCAUGGGCGCAGC